UUGAAAGGCCGGAUCCCCCUCCGCAACCAGAUGGUCAACAUUUAUCCUUCUACUCUCCGCACUUUACCCUCGACCGGUUACUCCUGAGCUCUGGAAGUUUUGCCUACCGCGUUACGCACUAUUCCACCGAGGAAAUUGCUCUCAAUAUGGCCGCUGCUGUAGCCGAACACCCGCGUUUCUUUCCCUCGCACCAUGAUGCGCUGAGCCACGAUGACUUUGAAACGGCCUCGAUCCGCUCAGCCGCACCGUCUUAUUUCUCAGACGCGCCCUCUUACCACUCGAUCGCUCCGCAUCCCGAGCCUAUUCCUCCCUACUCCCCGCCCGCCAACAACAACAAUGUGAACCGCACGGCCACCGGCUCCACUCAACACCCAACGUCCCUGCUCCCUGCCGUCCCGGCCCCGAGCCGCUCCGGGAACUCGACGCCUCAGCCCCACCGAACCACCGGUCUGCCCCCGAUCCCCCCGGUGGCGGCCAGCGCCCCGCGACUCGAUCAGUUCCGCAUCCCGACGUGGUCAACAGUGCACACAAAUCCGACACUGAACAACGUCGCCCGAAGACGCAUGAACCAAGGUGCUGAUCCCGUUGCCCACCUACGCCGCUUUAUGUCUGAGCGAAUGGCCGAGGAGGAGGCGGCCCAAAGAGCUCGCGAUUUCCGGCCGCUCGAGGAUCCUUACUUGGUCGGCGAGGAGGCCGCCGCGAGUGCUCGCCGAGAGAGACUUGCGCGCGAGUCUGGCGAGGAUAUCCUCUGGGACGAGGAUCGCCGUUGGAACCGCUUUCUCGCACAAAUGCAGACUUGGGAAGACCGCGAUCGCAGCGGCUGGAGAAACCUGCGCCAACCCCCGCCGACCCAGCGCAAGAAGCUGACCCGCCGCCUUGCGGGACGUCUGUGGUAGAUCGCUUGACGCGACCAUGAUAUUGAUGCGCAUGUGACAUGACUUGAAAACGAAGGGUUCGUCAUGCAUUAGGAAAAGGAGUCAGUCGUUUUUUCUUUUAUCA